AUGGGAAGCGGCUCUGGUAAAGUGUUACCCGAGUCCCCAAAAGGUUUCUGUCCGCUCCGAUCUGUCGCGUUUUUCAGAAAAGACGAGAAGUUUGAUGGGUUUAAAGACAAACAGCAAACCUUCCUGUGGAGUUGGAGGAGAGAUCAGAGAGCAUCGGAAGAAGUGAAAGAAUCCGUUCGUGUAGAAGAGAGGGUGAAAAAUCCUAACGGCAAGUUCCGCGCGAAGUUUGACCCGCGUGUCACUGCAAGAUAUGACAUCAAAGCUCUCAUCGGCCGCGGCAGCUUUAGCCGCGUGGUUCGUGUCGAGCACAAGUGUACACGCCAACCCUUUGCCAUCAAGCUUUUAGAGGUCAAAGGUCGCGAGGGUCACAAUACUUGCCAGGCAGAACUCGGAGUCCUACGACGGGUCAACCACGCUAACGUCAUCCACUUGGUGGAGGUAUUCGAAACGGCACAUCGAGUCUAUCUCGUUCUCGAGCUGGCCACGGGAGGAGAGCUCCUGGAACGUGUGGUCGCCCGAGGGUCCUUCAGAGAGCGGGACGCCACAAGGGCCUUGAUGAUGGUUGCCAACGGACUGUGCUAUCUCCACACACUGGGCGUCAUUCACAGGGACCUCAAACCAGAGAAUCUGCUGUACUACCAUCCAGGUCAAGACUCACGGUUGAUCAUCACUGACUUUGGACUUGCCUGCUGGGACAACCAGAGCCCAGCGAAGAGAAGUGACUCUUCCUGUAAUGAAACUAAAGACUGGGCUCUUAGGACGCUUUGUGGCACACCAGAGUAUUUGGCCCCUGAGAUGGUGGCCGGGAGACCGUAUAACAGCGCUGUGGAUUUGUGGGCACUGGGAGUCAUAACUUAUAUUUUGCUAAGCGGCUCGCUGCCCUUUGACCAUACCAGUCGACCGCGCCUUCUCAGGGCUAUCCUUAGGGGCAACUACAGUUUCCAUGGCAAUCCGUGGAACUCUGUAUCUACACAGGCCAAAAGCUUCAUUGAUCGCCUUUUAACCUUCAACCCUGAGGACCGUAUGACUGCUGAGGAAGCUCUUAGACAUCCAUGGCUGGUCAGCACGGCAGCUUGCUCCUCUAACAAGAACCUGCAUCGCUCCAUUUCCCGAAACCUCCAGCAGCGGGUGUCACGUGCAUCCUCUCGACGUCCCAGCUCGGGCUCUGCUCAAAGCUCACGUUUGGCGAUGAGGUCCGGGACACGGCUGGGGUCUGCUUCACGGUUAGGGCUUGGCAACAAAUCACAGUGCAGCUUAAAGGUCACUACUUGAAACCGGGCAAAUUAAGUUGAUAGUAUCUGUAAAGAGACCUGGUAACUUUGAUGUACAGUUUAGACUGCAUU